AUGUACGGUGGGGCAGCCGCAGGCAAUGUCGGUCUAGCAGGAACGCCCGGCGGCAACACAACAUCGCCGUACGGUGACGCAGGUGAAACUUCGGGUUUCGGACAACCCAGAAACGCCGCCAUCGAGGUCCUCAGCAACCAGUUCGGCGGCAUGCAAAAUUAUUAUGACACUGGAUCCGCGUCCGCACAAGGAGGAGCCGCUGCUGGCGCGACCGGUGCGAAUACCGCAUUCCCCAACCUUUAUGGAGCGGGCCAGGGACAUUCACGACAGGACAGUAUGUCAUACCCAGCGGAACAGGCAGGAUUCCCGGCAGCCGGAGCCGGUGCUGUCGGGUAUACGGGAGCUCAAAGUUCGCAAGGCAUCGGCCCCGAUUUAGACAACGCAUAUGGCCAAUACCAAGCGGAGUUGAGAAGGACCUUUGAAUGUGUAAGAGAUGGAAGGUUGGUUGAAGCAGGGCAAAGUCUGGUGCAAAUCAGCGACUGGUUACUCGGGAAUGCAGAAUCACUAGGCCUAGUACGCGAUGACGAGACCAUCCACGAUGAGCGGCUAAAGCUCUGGAGCGAGUUCAAUUCGUGCUGGCUGGCGACUCUGCAGAGACAGAAAGACCUGACUAUCGAGGUAUCGCGAAACCCCGACAUACUACGGCCCCCGAUAAGCUUGCUGGAGCACGACUACAUGGAGACUAUGGGGAAAGAACUGGUUAGAUUAUGUGAUGCCGUGGAGAAGCAUGGCUUAGUGGACUAUCAACUGGGUGUUUGGGAAGAGGACAUUGUGGAGCUGCUCACACAGUGUCUGGACCUGCUUGAAGCUCAGCAAAGCGGGACUGGCCAAGGUCAACCCACCGCCCCGACAUCACGACGAAGAUGA